UUACCUCAUUUCUACUUUUUAAAAUACGUUUGGCAAUAGUAGAUAUGCGUUUGGAAUUUUGUUACAUUUACUUCUUUUUUUAUUCAAAGAAUCUAUAACAGUUCGAAAGAACUUUUCAUUUUGUUUUGAAUAACUACUCAAAUUUUCCAAACAUGAAAAGUCUUUAAUAACAUUAAAUAUAUCUAAAUAACUUAUUCUAAAAUUCAUUAUUCCCUAAAAGAAAAAAAAACAAUAAUAAAAAAGACAGCAAUAUAUUAAUUAUUAAUUUAUUUAUUUAUUUUGAAAAACUUAGCAUAAUACUUAAAAAUAAAAAACUUUUUUUCAUAAUUAAAUGAAUUAUAAUAAAUCACACAUGAUUGUAAAUGACCAUGACAUUCAUCUUGGAUUUUUAAUUCACCACAUUUAAUGGAUUUUUCAUAUUAAUAAUAAUAUAUAAAAAUAAAUAUAAAAAUAAACAUACAUUAAAUCUGGAGGCACAUCAAAAUUCCCUGCAAAGAAAAAAUAACGUAUAUAAUAUUUAAUGAUUAAAAGGUUUAAAAAAUAGUCGUUAAAAAAGUCUUACAAGUUGUUAAAGUAGUAAAUAUUGUUAAAAAAGUAAAAUUUAAAAAUCAAUAAAAUUUAUAUAAAUUUGGAAAAAAUGUCCGACUUUUUGAUUUUUUAGAUUGUUCUACGUUUUUUUAAUAUUUUUACUUUUUUCAACACAAACGAUACUUUGAUGCCUUACUGAUGACUGAUUCAAUUCGGAAAGGUGCCAUAAUGCUAUUUAUAUGAACCGCUAUACUGUCUAAAUUAAUUUGAACGUUUUUUUCCACAUUUACUCUAAAUUUGUUAGAAUUACGUUAAUUUAAAUUCAUGUGCGCUAUGCAUUUAAGGGCUAAAUUCAUGUUUCUAGGUUUAAUAUUAUUAAAAAAAAGUACAAAAGAGUUGCCUUUAAUAGGUCCUCUACAUUCUUAAUUUAUGUUUCUGGGUUUAAUAUAAUAGAACAAAAAAUACUAAAAUGUUUAUAGGUUCUUAUUUACUCCGGGAUCUACAUACUUAUAUACAUGUUUCUAGGUUCAAUAUUAUUAAAAAAUCGAAAAGUACCACUUAAUGAAUGGAAAAGUACCAACUGGUGGCCUUUAUUAGGUUCUACGGGCUAUACGUGCUUAAUUUUAUGUUUCUAGAUUCAAUAUUAUAGAAAUCUCAAAAAGUACCAGUUAAAGAACUAAAAAGUACCAAAUUGUCCCCUAUAUAGGUUCUUAUUAAAGGCCUGAACAAGACAACAACAAUUUGUUAAAAAAAAAUUCGUGUUUUUUUACAAAUUGUCGCCUUAUUGUUGUCUUGUGCAGGCAUUUAGUUCUUAUUUACUCCGGGUUCUACAUACUUAAUGUUUCUAGGUUUAAUAUUAUUAAAAAAAAUCAAAAAGUACCAGUUAAUGAACCAAAAAUUGCCAAAAAGUGGCCUUUAAUAGCUUCUAUACAUGCUUAAUUUUAUGUUUCUAGGUCGAAUAUUAUAGAAAACUCAAAAAGUCAUAUGAAAUCCAAAAAGUUACAAACAAAACAAAAUCGACUUUUCGCUUCUCCAGAAAAAUUUGUCAAGGGCUUUUUGGAUUUCAUAUGACGAUAUAAGAAAUGCUACUCACAAGUUCUUAUUAAUAUUUUUCUUGCCCGUCCUAUUCUUCCAGCGCCAAUGAUCUCUGGAAAUAAAUAAAAAGUUAAUAAAUAAUAAAUUAAACCAAACAUUUGCUUACCUCUCCAACAAGCACAAAAUUCAGCCAUGAAAUAAAAAUUUAACAGUGAUGCCUGCUUACAAAAUAUUUAGUACUAAAUAAUGUUAUCAAAUAAAAUUUGUUAAUGGUAGGGAAUACAUUUUCUUUGUAAGUCGACUUUUCCAUCAUGAUGUUCGACUUUUACAAAAAUACAACCUUGUAAAAAGUAAUGCCAAGUUAUUUUUAGAAUAGAAUGGUUAUGUACUUGCGCGAAUAGACUUCAUUCCAUUUAAAUCAUUUGAAGAUGGCGUGCAUCAACAAGUGCCCAUAUUGUAACAUGGCCAUUAAAGUCAAUUUUAAGAAGUCCAAUAUUCGGCCGAUACAUCCGGGCUAUCUGGCUACUCCGGCCCAGCAACCGGGUCAUUAUACAGGAUACUCAGGCCCACCGGCCCAGCAACAGGUCUACCCAGCCCAGCAACAGGUCUACCCAGCCCAGCAACAGGUCUACCCAGCCCAGCAACAAGGCUACCUGGCCCAGCAACAGGGCUACCCGGCACAGCAACAGGGCUACCAGGCUCAGCAACAUGGCUACCCAGCCCAACAACCGGCUAUCCAGCCCAACAGCCCGGUUAUCCGGCCAAGCAACCCGGCUAUCCGGCCCAGCAACCCGGCUAUCCGGCCAGCAACCCGGCUACUCAGCAGCCAGCCGGCAGCCCCACCACCAGCAACUGUAACAGCACCUGUAACAGCCCUAGCAACACCCCCAGCAAACCCAUCGACAUCAAAACCCAACGAAAGCUAA